UAUAAGGCAGGAAAUUACUAGCCGUUGCACACUUGCCAUUCUUUACAACCCUUUCCCUCUUUCUAACAUUCUCUAAAACAUAUAAACUAAACAAUGGGGAAACAAAAUGAAAAGUAAAUUUUUCAGUGAAAUCUCACAAAGAUUUUGUGAAGAUCUUGGGGAUUCCAAUUGCUAGAUUGCCUUUAGAUCUCCAUCAAAUCCUACAAAGAAAUCCAUGUCUGAAUCCAACUCCAAUUCUGCUUCCAAUUCCAGGAGAUGUGCAGCUUGCAAAUAUCUAAGAAGAAGAUGUUCUGCAGAUUGCAUUCUAUCUCCGUACUUUCCAGCUUCACAUCCUCAACGAUUCGCCUGCGUUCAUAGAAUAUUCGGAGCAAGCAAUGUAGCUAGAAUGCUGCAGAUACUCCCGGUUCAUCAGCGGGCGCAGGCAGCUGAAUCCAUCUCUUUCGAAGCACACUGGCGAGCUCAAGAUCCGGUGUACGGGUGCGUCAGAAUCAUCAACAUGUUGCAGCAUGAGAUCUACGAGAGCCAGCAGGAACUCGCCCGCACUCAAGCUCAGUUAGCAAUGUACACAGCACGGCAACCAACUGAAGCUUCUUCAGUCAUUGCCCAACCACAGGAAAACUUAAUUCUGGAUAAUUCGAAUUUUUUGAACUUCCAGGAUCUGCAUGAUUUGAUCUGAAUAGCAGAAAGAAGUCAAUUGUUUUUGUCUAUCCAAUUCUAGUUUCAGAUCAAUAGUGAAGGGGGGAAUUAAUUGCGAUCCUUCGUCCUUCU